AUGGCUUUGAGUGAUCCAGUGAAAGCUGAAGCUGCUGCUAUCAUUGGUUCCAAUGAGCCAGUGAACUUGAAGAUGGUGCUGCUGAACCAGCUUUGGUUGAAGCAUGGCCUUGCAUCCCACCAAGUUGUCCCUCCUGGCAAACUCCUGGUGCAUCCUAGUAACCGCGGUGGAGCAAUGCUCAAUGGGCAUGAUGUUUUAGCAAAGGGUGAAAAAUUGAUGAGCCAGGGGUUCAGACAGGAUCUCUUGGAAAGUUCUUCAGUGGCUUUUGGCCUGUCUAGCAAGGUGGCCAAAAGGCAAGAGCAAGUUGAAGCCAAUAGGGUGCUGGUGGAGCAAUUUCCUCAGGUUCUGGCACCUGUCCAAGGAGAUGAACUGUACUUGACAGUUGGAGCUUCACACAGCACCAGUUUUUUGAAGGCAAAAGCCAUGUGUGGAGUUUCGAAUGAAUCUUUGAAAGGCAUUUUGGAGAAUGGCUGGAAAUGGUUGAUCUUGUCUGAAUGCUUGGAAGAAAAUUUCCCUACACUGCCCUUGCUGUACUCUGCUGCAUUGAACAGCAGCAACAGUGCACAAGUGGCUGCCACUGAGUUGGAAUGCUUGGCCACCAUCAGUAAAUAUAUCCAGUUGGGAAAGACAUUGGAAGCUGCUGUGGCCCAGACUGCCAUGGGUGAGCCUCAAUGCAAAGACUAUUUGGAUGAAAUAGCACACUUUGCUAAAUUGUACACUGGGGGAGAGCAGAUGCCCUUGGCAACCUUUCUGGUUGCUUUUAGCAAACAAUUUGGAGAAAGCGCUUUGCUGGGUGAAGAGUUCAUGAAGCUGUUGACUCACUAUGACUUCAAGGUCAGUGGCAAUUUAUUGCCAUGCUUCAGGGUGGCUGUGCUUGCUGCUCAGUUGACAUCCAGCAAGAUUGUGGACAAGAUCAGCAAGCUGUUGGUGAAGAGUGAUUUUGAUCGCUUGAAAACAAAAUGCAAAGCUGAGCUCCAAGAUGCAGAGAAAUUGCUAGCAAACAGUUGGUCUUUAGUGGAAAAGGCCAAACACUUGGAAGAGCUGAAGAGGCUGCAUGUUUUUGGUCGUCUUUGUAUCAGAGUGGUGCUUUUCAUUUGCCAGAAACAAAAAAUGGGCAGGGAGAGCAAGACCUGGAAAUCUUUGGAAGACAUCAGAGACCAAUUUGCUUCUGAAAUGCUUUGCCCUCCUGACAUCUCCAGUCAGGACAGUGGUGAUGCACCAAGUCCUGGUGCAGCAGGAAGCCAGGAAGCUUUCCAAGACUUGUUGCAGCCUGAUCCUGUUGCAGUGGCAUUGCUGCAGAACCAACAUCUGGAGAUUGGGAGCAAUUACCAGAAUCCCAAGGUGGGCAGCACCAUUUAUCAGCUCAUGGAAGUGACCCUUGCUGGAGCUAAGUUUGAACAUGUACCACUGGUUGGGGCUGCUGAUACCUUGGUGGUGCCUUUGGGAGAUCAAUUGAAAGAUUGGAGAAAAAGCAAGAAGACUAUGCAAAUUCUAUUGGCUGAUGACAUUGCGGAAAAGCAGCUGGUGUACAAGCACCCUGGUAUCCAAGAAAGCAUCCAAUUGCAUUCAACCCAGGACCAGGACAAAGACAAGGUGAAAGUCAUGGUGGGAAAAUUUGGAGUGAAUGCCCACAAGAUGAUCUCUGAAUUUGACAAGGUGGAUGACAAAACUGUACUUGUACCAUUUUGGUAUGUGAAGCCCACCAUGGAUGAGGAGUUGGUCAACAUGCAAUUGGAAAAGAAACAAUGUGGCAGCUUGGAGCUGCCUUGCUAUGUGAAUACCAAAGAUUUGGAGCCAGGAGAUUUGCUGUUGUGUGAGUCAGAGAUGUUGGCCAAGAAAAGAAAAAAGAAGGAAGGAGAGUCAGGCAUCAAUGUGGUGAUCCCUGAAGAUUUGCUGCUGACCAAUGCUGAAAACCAGACCUUUCUGAAGCUUCGACCUUCUCACCACAGCAUAACCAAGCUGGUGUGUCCUGAUUGCAAGAAAAAGAAUUUGUCCUUGUCAGCAGGACCAAGGCUCAUGAAUUUGGUGUCCUUGGUACAUGCCCAAAGCUUGGAGAAGGAGACCAUGGCUGAAGGCCAAGAAGAAGGUGCUGAGUCAUUGUUUGGAAGUGAAGAGCAGAGACCAAAGAAGAAGCAGAAGAAAGAAUGUGGGAACUUAUCAGAGGCAUCUGUUGUGGUGACUUUGCCAGAUGACUUUGGAAGUUUGACUGCCAUGUGGCCUUCCAGCAAGCAUGCUGAUGUGGCUAUCCUUCUAGAAGCUUCCAAUGUGCAGAAAUGUUUGGAAUAUUUGGAAGCUGACUGCUCCACAUGUGCAGAAGGUGCAAAGAGAUCUUACAACAAGAGCAUCUCGAAAGUGCUCACUGGGACCUGGAAGUUGGCAGACUUCAUGGUCAAUGGGACCUAUCCCUUGAAGAAGGUGGACCAGGACCUUUGGAUGUGGUACACCAAGCAUGGGCCCAAGCAACCCUGCUGGUAUGUGAGCGAUCACUAUGUGGAGGAUGGUGGCAGCUGGAGCAAUCUGAGGUGCUUGGCAAGGAUUGCAGAUGUCAACAUGUCUCCCUCUGGUGACAUCUUCGUACCGCACCAGAGCCAGACAGCAGCCAAUUGGAUCCUGACUGGAGCUAGUGUCUUUGUCCCCCAGAUGACUUACUCACUCCUGCAAAGGUAUGAAGCUGUGCUGCGACAGAACCAGGAGCUCAAGGUGGAGAACACAAACUUGAAGCAGGAGAAUGAAAAGUUGAAGAUGCAGGCUGAUCAACUGCAGUUGGAACUGCAACACCUUGAGAAGAAGCAUGGCCAGGACUUGCUGGAGCCUGCACCAUCUUCUGUUUGUGCUGAAGGUAAGGGCAUGCCAUUAUUGCAACCUCCUCCUCCUCCAAGAGUGCCAGAUCUUGGGCCUUAUGGCAAAGGUAAGCCUGCUGAGGAAGGUGAGCAGGGCAAGGGAAAGUCUUCACCCUCUGCCCAGUGGAUUGCAGGUCAGUCUGGAGCCAAAGCCCCCACUGGAUGGAAGAACUACAUGGCUUACAUCCAGCAGGAUUGGCAGAAGGCAGAGCAGCUGGAGCUUCAAGAUGUUGAGAAGUUGCUGGCUUUCAAGAGUGCACCUGCACUACAAGAGAGUUUGUUGGUAGCUUUGCUGAAGAAGAUUGACUGCAGCACCAAUUUGUUGGCAUCUGAUUAUGUCAGCAUGCUGGAGGCUAUCACAAAGAGUUCUUUGGAAGAUACCAAGAAGCAAUGGCUUCAAGACAAAAUCAUGGAAAGAGCUGCUGAAGGAGGAGAAGGAUCCAAGGGAAGCAAGAUAGUGAAAAGCCCUCAAAGCUUGGUGAAUGUUCCUGCCUACCUGACAGAAGCUGAGAUCCAGCAACUUAUGACUGGAGAGAUUACCAAAGCUCCACACUUGAUUGUACAAAGGCUGAGGUUGUUGGGAUUGACUUCCAUCAAAGAAGAUACCAAAAGGUAUUGUGUGGCCUUGCUAGUGCAAUCUAUGUUGUGGCAUGGGAUGCAGAUGCCAGAUGGUGAUUACACCUACAUGCUGGCUACGCAAUUCACCAGCUUGUUUCAAGCCAGCAAAAUUCAAUCCAAAGUUGCACCUCUGAAGGUUUACCCAGAGCUGCCCACAGACCUUGGACAAGAUUGGUUAGGGAAAGUCUAUGGUGAAGAAAAGCCAAGUCUCAAAACUUUGCCUCAACUCCCAGAAAUUGCCAGUCAGGUAUGUGUCAGAAGCACAAACUCGAAUUUGAGCAAGAAUUCCAGGACAAGAUUGCAAGGGAAGCAAUCUUCUUCAGCUCAUGGAUUCCCUGCUGACUUCAUGCAGGCUUUGAGAUAUUUGGUACACAAGCCCUUGGCAGAGCCUUCAGCUUCUUCUGCCCAAGGCAUGAAGCUGACCUUCUUCAACCAGCAGGCCAGUCCAAAGAAAGCAUUGCCAUCCAGUGUGAGUGCAUUGGACAUCAUGAAAGAGAAGCAACAGAUGGGCCAGGCAUCCUCACCUCCAAAAAGGGCAUUGGCAUUGACCAAUGAGCCUGGAAAGAAUGGCAAGCCUUUGGACCAAGAGAAUGUGAACCAAGAAAAAAACAAUGAAGAAAGCAAUGAUGACUGUGGCAAGCUCCUCGAUGUUGGUGAGCAGAAGCGUCGGCUUCAAAGCUGGGGUAGCGUUCCUCGGAUGUUCGAAAAGAAAUCCUCGGCCAGCUCGAAGUUGUAUGUGUGCCAACUGCACGCUGAAGCGGACAUGAAGUCUGCCUUCUGCUUCUUCUCGAGCAACUGUGGCUUGGUCACGUUUAAACCACACGCCAUGGCUUUGAGUGAUCCAGUGAAAGCUGAAGCUGCUGCUAUCAUUGGUUCCAAUGAGCCAGUGAACUUGAAGAUGGUGCUGCUGAACCAGCUUUGGUUGAAGCAUGGCCUUGCAUCCCACCAAGUUGUCCCUCCUGGCAAACUCCUGGUGCAUCCUAGUAACCGCGGUGGAGCAAUGCUCAAUGGGCAUGAUGUUUUAGCAAAGGGUGAAAAAUUGAUGAGCCAGGGGUUCAGACAGGAUCUCUUGGAAAGUUCUUCAGUGGCUUUUGGCCUGUCUAGCAAGGUGGCCAAAAGGCAAGAGCAAGUUGAAGCCAAUAGGGUGCUGGUGGAGCAAUUUCCUCAGGUUCUGGCACCUGUCCAAGGAGAUGAACUGUACUUGACAGUUGGAGCUUCACACAGCACCAGUUUUUUGAAGGCAAAAGCCAUGUGUGGAGUUUCGAAUGAAUCUUUGAAAGGCAUUUUGGAGAAUGGCUGGAAAUGGUUGAUCUUGUCUGAAUGCUUGGAAGAAAAUUUCCCUACACUGCCCUUGCUGUACUCUGCUGCAUUGAACAGCAGCAACAGUGCACAAGUGGCUGCCACUGAGUUGGAAUGCUUGGCCACCAUCAGUAAAUAUAUCCAGUUGGGAAAGACAUUGGAAGCUGCUGUGGCCCAGACUGCCAUGGGUGAGCCUCAAUGCAAAGACUAUUUGGAUGAAAUAGCACACUUUGCUAAAUUGUACACUGGGGGAGAGCAGAUGCCCUUGGCAACCUUUCUGGUUGCUUUUAGCAAACAAUUUGGAGAAAGCGCUUUGCUGGGUGAAGAGUUCAUGAAGCUGUUGACUCACUAUGACUUCAAGGUCAGUGGCAAUUUAUUGCCAUGCUUCAGGGUGGCUGUGCUUGCUGCUCAGUUGACAUCCAGCAAGAUUGUGGACAAGAUCAGCAAGCUGUUGGUGAAGAGUGAUUUUGAUCGCUUGAAAACAAAAUGCAAAGCUGAGCUCCAAGAUGCAGAGAAAUUGCUAGCAAACAGUUGGUCUUUAGUGGAAAAGGCCAAACACUUGGAAGAGCUGAAGAGGCUGCAUGUUUUUGGUCGUCUUUGUAUCAGAGUGGUGCUUUUCAUUUGCCAGAAACAAAAAAUGGGCAGGGAGAGCAAGACCUGGAAAUCUUUGGAAGACAUCAGAGACCAAUUUGCUUCUGAAAUGCUUUGCCCUCCUGACAUCUCCAGUCAGGACAGUGGUGAUGCACCAAGUCCUGGUGCAGCAGGAAGCCAGGAAGCUUUCCAAGACUUGUUGCAGCCUGAUCCUGUUGCAGUGGCAUUGCUGCAGAACCAACAUCUGGAGAUUGGGAGCAAUUACCAGAAUCCCAAGGUGGGCAGCACCAUUUAUCAGCUCAUGGAAGUGACCCUUGCUGGAGCUAAGUUUGAACAUGUACCACUGGUUGGGGCUGCUGAUACCUUGGUGGUGCCUUUGGGAGAUCAAUUGAAAGAUUGGAGAAAAAGCAAGAAGACUAUGCAAAUUCUAUUGGCUGAUGACAUUGCGGAAAAGCAGCUGGUGUACAAGCACCCUGGUAUCCAAGAAAGCAUCCAAUUGCAUUCAACCCAGGACCAGGACAAAGACAAGGUGAAAGUCAUGGUGGGAAAAUUUGGAGUGAAUGCCCCCAAGAUGAUCUCUGAAUUUGACAAGGUAGAUGACAAAACUGUACUUGUACCAUUUUGGUAUGUGAAGCCCACCAUGGAUGAGGAGUUGGUCAACAUGCAAUUGGAAAAGAAACAAUGUGGCAGCUUGGAGCUGCCUUGCUAUGUGAAUACCAAAGAUUUGGAGCCAGGAGAUUUGCUGUUGUGUGAGUCAGAGAUGUUGGCCAAGAAAAGAAAAAAGAAGGAAGGAGAGUCAGGCAUCAAUGUGGUGAUCCCUGAAGAUUUGCUGCUGACCAAUGCUGAAAACCAGACCUUUCUGAAGCUUCGACCUUCUCACCACAGCAUAACCAAGCUGGUGUGUCCUGAUUGCAAGAAAAAGAAUUUGUCCUUGUCAGCAGGACCAAGGCUCAUGAAUUUGGUGUCCUUGGUACAUGCCCAAAGCUUGGAGAAGGAGACCAUGGCUGAAGGCCAAGAAGAAGGUGCUGAGUCAUUGUUUGGAAGUGAAGAGCAGAGACCAAAGAAGAAGCAGAAGAAAGAAUGUGGGAACUUAUCAGAGGCAUCUGUUGUGGUGACUUUGCCAGAUGACUUUGGAAGUUUGACUGCCAUGUGGCCUUCCAGCAAGCAUGCUGAUGUGGCUAUCCUUCUAGAAGCUUCCAAUGUGCAGAAAUGUUUGGAAUAUUUGGAAGCUGACUGCUCCACAUGUGCAGAAGGUGCAAAGAGAUCUUACAACAAGAGCAUCUCGAAAGUGCUCACUGGGACCUGGAAGUUGGCAGACUUCAUGGUCAAUGGGACCUAUCCCUUGAAGAAGGUGGACCAGGACCUUUGGAUGUGGUACACCAAGCAUGGGCCCAAGCAACCCUGCUGGUAUGUGAGCGAUCACUAUGUGGAGGAUGGUGGCAGCUGGAGCAAUCUGAGGUGCUUGGCAAGGAUUGCAGAUGUCAACAUGUCUCCCUCUGGUGACAUCUUCAUACCGCACCAGAGCCAGACAGCAGCCAAUUGGAUCCUGACUGGAGCUAGUGUCUUUGUCCCCCAGAUGACUUACUCACUCCUGCAAAGGUAUGAAGCUGUGCUGCGACAGAACCAGGAGCUCAAGGUGGAGAACACAAACUUGAAGCAGGAGAAUGAAAAGUUGAAGAUGCAGGCUGAUCAACUGCAGUUGGAACUGCAACACCUUGAGAAGAAGCAUGGCCAGGACUUGCUGGAGCCUGCACCAUCUUCUGUUUGUGCUGAAGGUAAGGGCAUGCCAUUAUUGCAACCUCCUCCUCCUCCAAGAGUGCCAGAUCUUGGGCCUUAUGGCAAAGGUAAGCCUGCUGAGGAAGGUGAGCAGGGCAAGGGAAAGUCUUCACCCUCUGCCCAGUGGAUUGCAGGUCAGUCUGGAGCCAAAGCCCCCACUGGAUGGAAGAACUACAUGGCUUACAUCCAGCAGGAUUGGCAGAAGGCAGAGCAGCUGGAGCUUCAAGAUGUUGAGAAGUUGCUGGCUUUCAAGAGUGCACCUGCACUACAAGAGAGUUUGUUGGUAGCUUUGCUGAAGAAGAUUGACUGCAGCACCAAUUUGUUGGCAUCUGAUUAUGUCAGCAUGCUGGAGGCUAUCACAAAGAGUUCUUUGGAAGAUACCAAGAAGCAAUGGCUUCAAGACAAAAUCAUGGAAAGAGCUGCUGAAGGAGGAGAAGGAUCCAAGGGAAGCAAGAUAGUGAAAAGCCCUCAAAGCUUGGUGAAUGUUCCUGCCUACCUGACAGAAGCUGAGAUCCAGCAACUUAUGACUGGAGAGAUUACCAAAGCUCCACACUUGAUUGUACAAAGGCUGAGGUUGUUGGGAUUGACUUCCAUCAAAGAAGAUACCAAAAGGUAUUGUGUGGCCUUGCUAGUGCAAUCUAUGUUGUGGCAUGGGAUGCAGAUGCCAGAUGGUGAUUACACCUACAUGCUGGCUACACAAUUCACCAGCUUGUUUCAAGCCAGCAAAAUUCAAUCCAAAGUUGCACCUCUGAAGGUUUACCCAGAGCUGCCCACAGACCUUGGACAAGAUUGGUUAGGGAAAGUCUAUGGUGAAGAAAAGCCAAGUCUCAAAACUUUGCCUCAACUCCCAGAAAUUGCCAGUCAGGUAUGUGUCAGAAGCACAAACUCGAAUUUGAGCAAGAAUUCCAGGACAAGAUUGCAAGGGAAGCAAUCUUCUUCAGCUCAUGGAUUCCCUGCUGACUUCAUGCAGGCUUUGAGAGAUUUGGUACACAAGCCCUUGGCAGAGCCUUCAGCUUCUUCUGCCCAAGGCAUGAAGCUGACCUUCUUCAACCAGCAGGCCAGUCCAAAGAAAGCAUUGCCAUCCAGUGUGAGUGCAUUGGACAUCAUGAAAGAGAAGCAACAGAUGGGCCAGGCAUCCUCACCUCCAAAAAGGGCAUUGGCAUUGACCAAUGAGCCUGGAAAGAAUGGCAAGCCUUUGGACCAAGAGAAUGUGAACCAAGAAAAAAACAAUGAAGAAAGCAAUGAUGCACUUCUGAUGAGCAAACCUCUGGAAGAUUUGGGUUUGCUAAGACCUGCCACUGGUUAUGUGCAUGACUGGAUGCAUGCCUUAUGCUCCAAUGGAGUUCUUUGCUACAUCAUGCAGUGGGCCCUGGCAUUGCCCAAAGCCAUCACCUUUGCCAAGCCAGCAAUGCUGCCAGAAUGA